GCAAAUAAACACCAGAGAAGAAGAAGAAGGAACUGAUGAGGCUGACUGCGCAUGCGUAGAGCGAAGCAGCAUAAUCGAGCCGCUCUUCCUCCCCGCCAACUAUCGCACCGCAGGGUCGGGCGGACGUCGACUCACAACAACCCCGACUUCAUUUGCUUAUCUAAAUUGAACAUUUUCACACAUAAAAUGGAGAGUCCGUAUCGCGCCGAAAACGAUUUACCUCUUCUGCUGCCGUCUCUCCGCCUCUUCAUCCCUCCUCUUCGCCUGGUGUCUGCCGCCAUGUGGCAGGUGGUCCAGAGGGGAAACGUGCAGGAUUAUGGGAUGGUGGAGGAGUUCAUCAGCACCGUUUCAGAAAUGGUACCUGAACUUUUGAACGCAGAUCAGAAAGCUCAACUCCUCCUGGGACUCAGAGCGCGGGUGGUUCUUGAAUUGUGUCGGGCCGAGCAGAUCGGACACACGGAAACCAUCGAGAUGCACCUGGAGCGGAUCAAGACCCUCGUAUCCACCUGGGCAGCACAGCCGUGUUUUGCAGAGGUCGAGUUUCCAGAAUCAAACUUCGUGGAUCAAAUUGAGUUGCUGUUGAAAGACGCUGAAGAGAAGGAGAAGUUCUUCCAGGAUGUUUUUCCUACAGAUUUUGGGCCUGACUAUGACAGCGCUCUACAGGUGCUCAUGCUGGAUUUCCUGUCCAGACUGGAGAAGCUUCUUCCAGUACCAGACAUUCAGCAGACUGCAUCCAUGCUCAGUGCCGUCCCAUCUGCCAUGGAGGAGUGUGUGCACUCUGUUCCCGACCCACAGCAUCUGAGAACUGUUCUCCUCUACCACACAACACUGGGACAUUUUGAUUUAUCUGAUGAAACUCAGACCAUUCCCUCCUCCUUUGGGAAUUGCAUCCUCUCUUCGCUGUCGCUCCCUCAGCUGGAGAAGGUUGUGAUCGAUGCAGAUCAACUCCAGUUGCAGCCUUCAGCAGAGCAGAUGGAAGGCUGUAUGACCGUCCAGGUGGAGGGCGAGACCGUGACGCUGCUGGACUACAUACAGAUCGAACAGCCGUCAGGUUUGGUUGAGCCUGAUGAUGCUGAAGAAGAAGAAGAAAAUGAAAUAAACAUGGAGGAAACAAGCGAGGGCGUCAGUGACGCCCUGAAGCCGGCAGCUUUUCAACCACUGAAACAAAGCAAAAGGCUGCAGGUGAAGAGAAAAGCGAUCAAAGACAAUGACUCACUGACGGCUAAGAGGCAAAGAAAGAAAUACCCCAACAAUAAGACGUGUCCCGUGUGCAAUAAGAUUUUCCUGCGGGCCGCAGCCAUGAGACGACAUCAGGAAACUCAUUCUGCCAAUCGGGAAUUCAAGUACAAGUGCGCCAACUGUGACAAACGAUUCAGGGACCAUUACGACAUGAACCGACACAACAUGCGCGUUCACGAGAAGGACGACAUCGGCGACGACCCUAAAGAGGAAGACGCAGGAGAUCCCGGCCCCUCUGAGGUGCCAGAAAACAAGAAUUGCGGUCUGUGUGGGAAGUAUUUUGGCCGUCGUGUGGACAUGGAGCGGCACAUGAGGUCGCACUCCGAGGACCGCCCGUAUAACUGUUGUUUCUGUGAGAAGAAAUUUAAGAAUCCGUACGUUUUAAAGAGACACCAGCAGGAGAUCUGUAAGAGCAGAGAGCUCAAAAGGCCGAAGAAGAGGGAGACGCAGCGCUCAAAUCCACAGCCGCAGCCAGAGGUGUCGACGGAGGGAAAGGUCUGCCCCAUCUGCAGCAGGAUCUUACCGUGCACUGCGGACAUCGCGAAGCAUUUGCGAUCUCACACGGAAGAGCGUCCGUUUAUUUGCAUCACUUGUGAGAAGGGCUUCAAGUACAAGGACACGUUGAAGAAGCAUCAGAUCAUUCACGGUCACGAGGGCAUCAGAGAGGAGCAGAGCAAGACGGUGGAACAGAUUUUGGCCGAAGCCGAUUCGGGUAACCUUGAUAAAAAAGAUCUGGAUGCUUCCGAGGAGUCUCCGUCUGCGCCUGUGCAAAAAGUCAAGAAAAAAGCCCAUAAAGUGUGUCCUGUUUGUUCUCGCGCGUUCGACAGCGUCAAAACGCUAAACAGGCACAUACAGUGUCACACAGAGGACCGCCCUUAUCACUGCGUCCACUGCAAGAAGCGGUUUAAACACAUGCACGGGCUCAAAAGACACCAGAUUUACGCCAUUUGUCACAAGAAAAUCACCCGAUUCCCGUGGAGAAAAGAGCAGCGAGCGGGGCCCAGCCAGAGCGAAGUCGCCAGCGCCGACACGCAACCUCUGAAAAUCCCCGUGUGGUGUUCAAACUGCGGCAAACACUUUGAAUACCCGUCCGCUCUGAAGGAGCACCAAGAGAACGUUUGCAAAGUGGGCGAAGUGAGCGAGAUCAUGAAAUGCGACGACUGCGGGAAGGAGUUCAAGAGCAUGACGAUGCUCAAGGUGCACCAGAGGAUCCACGACCCGCUCUACUGCAAAGAGUGCGGGAAGAUACUCGCCAACGACCCGGCGUUCGAGAGGCACAAGCUCAUGCACAGGCCGAUGCAGUGCACGAUGUGCGAUAAGACUUUCACUCUGCUGAGGCGCUUGAGGGAACACUACGAGAAGCAGCACGAGUUCACCGGACCGUACGCGUGCGUGCAAUGCGACAAAACCUUCAUCCAGCUGUCCUACCUCGCCAUCCACCAGAGAAUCCACAAAGGAGAGUUCCCGUACAUCUGUAGCAUGUGCCCCGAGAAGUUCAGGUCCUCCAACUGUCUCACGGUUCAUCAGAGGAAACACACCGGGGAGAAACCCUUCCUGUGCUGGCAGUGUGGGAAGUGUUACCGCUCGGCGUCGGAGCUCACGGUGCACAUGGGAACCCACUCCGAGGAGAGACCCUGGGCCUGCACGCAGUGCGACAUAGCGUACCGCACGAAGCUGCAGCUGACGAACCACGUCGAACAAAUCCACAUCGGCGUCCGGUAUCCCUGCAACAGCUGCGGGAAGCAGUUCAUGAAGGAGACGUCGCUGAAGAGGCACGAGCUCAUCCACACGGGCGAGCGGCCUCACCAGUGCACGGUGUGCGGCAAGACCUUCCUGACCGCCAACGAGCUCCGGCUCCACAACCGCUAUCACACCGGGGAGCGCCCGUACAAGUGCGAGGUGUGCGGGAAGGCCUUCAUCCAGUCGGGAUACCUGAAGUCGCACAUGCGCAUCCACACGGGAGAGAAGCCAUUUAAAUGCGACAUCUGCGAUAAAGGCUUCCGCUUGUCGUAUCACAUGAAGAAACACCGGCGGACGCAUGCCGGGAAGCCAAAGAGCUACAUAUGCGAGGAGUGCGGGUUGGCGUUCCCCCAUAAAAAGUCUCUCUGGGAACACUCGCUGUGUCACGACGUGAAAGUAGAACCAUCAUUCACUGGUGAAGUGAGAAUAGAGUUUCAAUAGGAAUAGCUGUAUUUUCAUAGUUUUGUUUUCAUUUCUAUAAAUGAGAAGUUGUGAGCUGGUUUCAUCUCUUGUGUUGUUUCAUUUUGACCAGUUUGUUCUUCUUUUCCCUCGUUUUGUUGCUUUACAGUGUUUACAUGUUCUAUAAAACAUAUUGAUGAACUAUUGAAGACAUGUAUAUAAUGAAAGCCAGUGAAUUAUUUCUGCUGACAUGGCUUUUUGAAAUAAAUUUAUCUUGAAUGUAA